UUUCGACUCCUUGUCUUCUCAUCAGUUCCCACCCACCACCUCCUCUUUUUCCCCUUCCCCACUCAAAACCCCUUGCUGCUGCGCUGCGGCCAUUGGGGUUUCGUUCGCGGUGGGUUUGUUGAUCCUCGUCGCCGCUCUCUGCUUCAAUUCUUCGAUUCCCAUCCCUUCCGCCGCGCAUUUGUUUUGCUGGGCGAAGAAUUGCUUUUGCUUGGGGGUUUCUCCCCUUGUGUGCGGCCUCAUUGUUUGUCGUCAAGAUGGCAAGCAGUGGAUCCAGAAAAUGGGCUUUAGUAAAGCAUGAACACUGCCGGUUUGAAAGCAAGGUCUACCGGUUUCAGAUUCUGUUGCCUAAUGGCAUGAGCACCAGCCUUAGGCUGUCUGAUCCUGGAGAAGAGAUGUGGAUUCAGGACUUCAUACAGCAUAUUAGGAUGGAGGUGGAUAAUGCGCCCCAAGAUGGCGUGGGAAGGCGGGAAGUUGGUUGGAAUUGCGAAAUUUAUCUGAAGGACCUGCAUGAUAGGAAAAUAACAGAGAAAGUCAACUUCAGUGAUUUUCUCAAUAAGAGUAUUAAUAUAUUAACGCUCCAUGAUGGUGAAGACUUCGUUGGAGCAUUUCAGAAUAUGUGGGACCUUACUCCUCCGACUGAAAUGCUUCAAGAGCUUCCAGCAGAGUAUAGCAUUGAGAGUGCUCUCGCAGACCUCGUUGACAAUUCACUACAGGCUGUGUGGUCAAAUGGUAAACAAGAAAGAAAGUUAAUCAGGAUAACAAUUGACAAAGAAAAGAUGGUGAUUAUGGAUACUGGUAGGGGGAUGGAUGGUUCAGAUGAGAAUUCUAUCUCUAAAUGGGGUACAAUAGGUUCGUCUAACCAUAGAGUAUUUCGGAAUAAAGGUAUCGGUGGGGAAGCUCCAUACUUAGUGCCUUUCUUUGGCAUGUUUGGUUAUGGUGGAACUAUCGCCUCGAUGCAUCUUGGGAGAACUGCCAUAGUUUCUUCGAAAACUAAGGAAUCAAGGAAGGUGUUUACCUUGCAUCUUCCCAGAGAGGCUUUACUGAAGAAGUCCUCGUCUAAACUCAGCUGGAAGACUGCUGGAGGAUUUAGAGAUCCAUCAAAAGAGGAGUUAACGCUUUCGCCACAUCAGAGUUUUACCCAGGUUGAAAUUCAUGGGUUGCGUAGGCACUUGGAGGUAGCCAAACUCCCAAGAGUUUUUGAAGGACAUUUAUUUUCCAUAUAUACAGGUUUUGUUCUUAACAUAUUCAUAAUCAUGCAUUCUGAAGUAUGCUAUGAUGAGGAUAAUGGAUCUAUGAAUACAAGGACGCCAGUUGAGUUUGAGGUGAAUGGUGUAAAUCUAGCAGAAAUACAGGAAAGUGAAGUGGCCCUUACUAAUUUGUACUCUUCUAACGGUCCUGAUUUCAUUCUGCAUGUAAAAUUUUCAUGUUCUUCAACAAUUGCAGCAGCUAGUGUCGAAGCCCAUGCACGAGUGAAGUGUGCAUACUUUCCAAUCGUCAAGGGAAAAGAGUCUAUUGAUUCUAUUUUGGAAAUGUUAAGCAAAAAUGCCGGGGCAAAAGAAAACUUUGACAAGUUUUCACGUGUAUCAAUCCGUCGACUUGGACGGUUACUCCCUGAUGCUAGAUGGGGUCCUCUUCCUUUUAUGGAACCUAAACAGACUAAAGGUAAAAAAGCUGAAUUCUUCAAGCGAUGCUGUAAGAGGUUGAAAUGUUUUGUUGAUACGGAUGCAGGUUUUUACCCUACCUUUUCCAAGACUGAUUUAGCACAGCACAAUCAUUUUACGAAGGCACUACGGUUCUUAGGUUGCAGUUCUUCCAAUGACCGCUCAGUUGAGGAGGUUAACAUUGAUAUUCGUAAAGGUGGAAGAUCACUAGGUUGUAAGCAGUUGGAGAAGCAAUAUCAUGAUUGGAUUAAGGAAAUGCAUGACAAGUAUGACGUGGAAAUGGACGGUGGGGAUGAUGAACAUACUGUUAUUAUCAACCCAACCAACAAGGAGCGACUUGGUAUAUCUAAAGAUGUCAAAGUAAUUAGAGUUUACAACUCAGUUAGCAGAAAAGGAAAAACAUGGAGAAGAGGAGAUCAUCUGAAAAUCCAACCAGGAGUGAUGGCUAGAAUGAAAACUAAUUUCUAUGCAUUAAAAAAUAACUUCUAUGCAACAUUGGAGUUCGUUGUUGUUGAAGGACUUGCAGGAGAUGUUUGUGGUGAAGCUCGACUUAUAUGCAGGUCUAUUGAGUUCUCUGAUGUGCAAGGUUGCUUACUUGAGGAAGGUCAAGAUGGUAUGAACCUUGAUAUCCAGGAAUGUGUCUCCUUCCCUGUGAGCAUGAUAGAUGAUGAUAAGUGCCAAAUAAUGGAUGAUAAUUCUUGGAGUCAAUUUCUUAAAAAGAAAAAGGAGAAGGCUCCAGCAUGUAUUGAGGUCCUAAAAAAUUUGGAAGGCGAUGCUCUUGCUAUAGGAGGGGAUCUACCAUUUGAAGAAGUAGUAAUGGCUGGUUACCAACAUCCAUGUGAAAUUGUAGCUGUUAUCCGGCCACAAAUUUAUACUGCCAACUGCUCCAGCACCCUUGACAAUAGAUAUAUUGUGAAGGAUGAUGAGCUAGAGAUGAUAAUGGAGAUUAAUCAUUUGCCUGGAAGUGAAGACCAUCUUGAUGCAAAGCUUGUUGAUAGGGUGUUCAAGAAACCCUCGUCGCAUAAUAUCAUAAAUGGACUGUAUAUCUUUCCGUUGAGCAAAUAUUCAAGCAUCUUUACUAAAUCUGGUAGAUUCCAGCUUGGGAUGCCAGUUAGAUGUCUAGUUGUUAGAAGCACAGAUUUUUAUGGAAACGAAAUUCCGUUUCUUGAUGUACCUAAGGUGGUCAUAACCAUUCUUGACGGUGAUGAUAUUCUGGCUCAAGUUGAUGAUAUGAAAAUGGAACUUUCAUCAGAUUCGCUGACUCUGAAUGUUAUGGAUUUUCUGUUCAAAACCAGCAAAUUGGACAUGAUAAGGCCAAAAUGCGAAGCUAUGUUAAGGAUAUCUUUGUCUGACAAUGAAAUCUCUGAUGUUUUUCCAUGUAAAGUUAAGCCAGGCUUUGCAUCAACAGUUAAGAUGGAUAUGUCCCUUUACUUUGAAAACAAUUUAACUCCUGGAAGUGUUAUUGAUGAUGUCCUUCUAGAGGUGUUUGACCAUUGUGACAAUCACGUUGAAGAAGGGACAGAACUUGUCGUUACUAUGGUUGGACUCUCCUUUAUAGAUAAACAUGGGCCUGUUCGAAAGGUUAAUAGCGAGGGGUUUGUUGACCUAUCUGGACUACUUAAAGUUGUUAAUGGAUUUGGUUCCCAAGCUUGCUUAAUGAUUUCUCGUCAUGAGAAAAAGAUUUUCGCUAAAACAUUUAAAAUUGCCACCAGGGAGUUAACAGCUGUCAAGGUCCCACAGAGUUGUCAAGCUGGCACCUAUUUGCAAAAUAUUAUAUUUAAAGUUUUUUAUAGUGAUGGACUGAUUGACGAGGCAAUAGAUGGACCCCUCCAUACACUGAGCAUCAGGUUGAAUGAAGCAGAACUUGUCGAAGGAGCACGAUAUGCAUUUGAACAUGGAAGAUGUGUUGUUUCUCGUUUGGCGGUUCCUCGUGAACCAGGGACAGUCAGUUUUCUUGCAUAUCAUACACAUUUUCCUGAUCUGAAAACAGUAUUUCAGCUUCAUGUUUAUGCUUGUGAUUUGGUGCGGGUCAACUUGGAGGAUGAAGCUGGACCUAUUUUCAGCCACCCAACUUCAUCUGUAUCAAGUCAAAAUCUUUUACUUCCAAGUCAACUUGUAUCUUAUCAAUCUAACAAUCUUGCUGCAUAUGUUGAAGAUGUUAUGGGGAAUAUUUCUGAUGAAAUUGAAAAACUUGAUUCCAAGAUAUGUUCUGAAGAAAAACUGAUUAAUUUUCUUGAUUGUCAGAAGAAAUCUUUGGAGAAUGAAAUUUUUAAUCGGAAAGAUGAGAUUGGCCCUAUAGUUGAAUCAUGCAGUGGUGCAAAAGAGUUAACCCGUCAUAAAAUUCAGGAGAGCAGUGGUACUGCUGCUUCUGUUUUAUGCCAUCUCUCCAGUGGUAAAGGCUAUGAACCAGGAAAAUGUUUCAGGGAGGAUGUUAUUGGUAUUGUUGCUCUUCUCGGAACCGUCGCACACAAAAAAAUGAGUAGGAUGCUUUCUGUGUAUCUUGGUGAAGACAACAUGCUUGCAGUGGUUUGCAUGACCCGGGACGCUGCUAAUUACAUUGAGAAAUAUGACACUGAUGGAAAUGUGGAUGUUCACUUUGGUAUUCAUCGGGAAGCAGCUAAUCUAGGAAUUCCCAUAAACAGGAGAUUUCAUACCUUUUGCCUGGAUGCAAUAAGGCCAUAUGAAGGAGACCUCUUUCAGAACAAGCAGAAAAAUCUUGCUCUGCCGUUUCCACAUUAUGAGACCCCCAAGGGAUUUUGUGGGUUCGCGGUCAACAUGAUUGAUAUUUCUGCAGAUAACUUGAACAAAAUCACAAGUAGUGGACACGGUCUCCGUGAAACUUUAUUUUAUAGUCUCUUUGGGGAGCUUCAAGUUUAUGAAACACGAAAUGACAUGUUGCAAGCUAUUCCUUAUUUGAAAAAUGGGGCUAUAUCUUUGGAUGGUGGUGUUAUAAAGGGUGAUGGUACGUGGCUUCUUGGUGACAGUGAUCCGGAGGUCACAUUUCCUUUUGUCCCCAAUGGUCCCGACGCUCUGGAAGACUUGCAGGAUUUGCCCUUAAAAAUAAAAAUUAUGCUUGGCAAGAAGGCUCAUUUGAAAGCAGUGGAAGCCAAGAUACGGCGAGUGGAAGAGAGCCGGCAGAAAUCGGUGAGGAAGCGCAACAAGAAGGAGCGCAAAGUCGACGAGAUAUCGGGAGCGAUGAGCCAGCAGCCCUGUGGCAGCCAGCCUGUUCCCCUUGCAAUUGGCCUGUCGCGAACCAACAAUUGGGGUGCACACAGAUGAUAGAUAGCGUGGCAUCAUGCUGCAACUGAAAUCUAUAGUGUAGUAUAGUAUAGUUUGUUCGGUUCUGUUGCUGGAGCUUGAUAUAUGAUAUCAACUGUUGGACUGAUUAAUGUACUAGCCAGUCGCUUGUUUGCUUCCUCGGCGGCCCCUCCGUUCGUGCCUCUCGUUAAUUCCUGCUCUACCGGUGGACUUUCGGCUGGCCUGCUCCACACUAAAAAUUGCUUCAUGGUCAGGAGAGGUCACCAUACAGGUCUAGUUUUUCCUCGAAACGCAAGGCAUCACUGAAUAAACAGCUAGCUAGCGCUGCUG